GCCGCUCCAGAGACUGCAGGGUGCGAGUUCGAUGAAAGUUGGGGAGGGAUGACAGCCCGGCAGCACAACUCGGGCGGCUGAUAGGUGCAACAUCUCGAAGGAGAUAACAGGCCACAAGAAUCUUAUUGAGAAAUACAGAACUGCGCUAUCUACUGUUUCCUGGAUUGGGAAAGAGCCAGUGUGAACUGAUAAUAAUCUUACGAGAGAACCGGAGAAUUUCGUGGACAUAAAAAAAAAACAAAAGCGUGUCAGUGAGGUGUAGCAGGAAAUUGGUACAGCCUUCCCUCUCUCAUAACACAACCACACGUGCGAAGAUCCAGAGGAACACUGGCGGCGAUGGCAAUCUAUGUCUGGGGACCCGGGGGCGAGUCGAGUCUCAAAUGAAAGACAAGCUCGACGGAUGGACGGAGAACUGAGGAACACCGAGGCGAGUCACCCAGUUCCAAGGGCGAGGAACAGAUAGUUCCGCAGAUCCGUCCGUCCGAAGUGAUCCGUUUAUCCUAGAGCCUGCUCACGGAGAGGGCAGUCGGACUUCAGUCACGUGGCAGCGGAACAGCUGUGUAGCUACGCCUUUCACGGACCGCAACAUCUGGGUCCCGAGGUAUUUGAUGGGGCAAGGCAGAAGUAUCUCAGCAACUCUGGACUGCCACAAGGUUUUCUACAGACACCGAUCUCCUUAAGGACUUAGAUCCCCAACUUUUUCCUUUAACACCACCACGAGGGUUCACAUUUGUUGUUCACAUUAUACCUGCUAAACGGAAGCAUUAGCAUUGGACACGGCAGCCUACCGGUGUUAGCAUCUAACCCGAUGCAUCACUGUGCUAUUAACUAGCCUCACAGAGCUAGAAACUUUUUUUGUCAAACUCUUCCCCCUCAUCUCACGAAAUAACAUAAAAGUCGAGGGAAAAUAGUUGUGGUCCUUCUGGGUAAAUUACAUCUGCAACGUCAAAAAUUAAGACACAAUAUCAAGAAUAUUUGUAGGAUAUGUCCAAAUUAGCUGUAAGCUAAAAAAAAAAAAAAAAGUCACGGGGGGUUGAUUUUUGGCAAAUGAUUGUUUCAUUUAUAUUCUUUCCAAGAUUAUUAUUUAUUUCGUAUUGAACGCGCUGGGGUUCCCUGGUAAAUGGAGUCAAAAGAGUUAAAUUUGGCCAGGAAGUGAAUAAUAAGCAGAGGCAGAGCAGGAUGGGAGGGGCCCUUAUCAGCCAUAACGUGCUGAACAGAAACUGAAUGCGGAAACUUACGGAGGAUUUGCUCGUCAUUUAUGUUUGCUGCUUUUAAAACUUGCAGCUCUACAGAUAUGGCAACUGCCAGCAGUCUGUUGUCAGAGGAGAGGUUCCUGUGUUCUGUCUGUCUGGAUGUGUUUACUGAGCCAGUCUCAACGCCAUGUGGACACAACUUCUGCAGUGCGUGUAUCCAAAAGUAUUGGGACAACACCGACACUUGCCAGUGUCCGUUGUGCAAAAGGGCAUUUUCCGCAAGGCCUGAACUCCAAGUCAACACGAUCAUGUCCGAGUUAGCUGGUGAGUUUAAGAAGCUAGUUCAGGUCAAAGCCUCGACUCCAGACGGCCAACUCCCAGCAGACGUUCUUUGUGAUAUCUGCUCCGAGAUAAAGAAAAAGGCCGUUAAAUCUUGCCUGAUGUGUCUGACUUCUUUCUGUGAAGUGCAUCUUGAGCCCCAUCAGAGAGUUGCUGGUCUCAAGAGCCACACUUUAUUAGACCCUGUGAAGAAUCUUGAUGACAGGAUGUGCAAGACACACAACAAGAUAACAGAACUGUACUGUAGGACUGACCAGGCCUGUGUUUGUGUCAUUUGUUUCAAAACCGAUCACAAGAGUCACAGUGUUGUCCCGCUCGAGGAAGAAUAUGAAACAAUGAUGGGAAAAAAAGACGAGGCGAUGGCAAAUAUCCGAAAGCUGAUAGAAUCACGAUCUGAGAAGAUAGCUGAGAUUGAAAACUCACUUGAUGUCAGCCAGAUAGAAACCAUGGAAGAGAAGGCAGCUACCGUGCAGGUGUUCACUGACUUGAGCUGCUCCAUUCAGAGAAGCCAGACUGAGCUUGUUGAGGUGAUCGAGGAGAGGCACAGAGCAACAAAGGAAAAGGCGGAAGGUUUUGUCAAAGAACUGAGGGGGGAAAUUGCUGAGCUUGAAAGCAGAAGCAGUCAGCUGAAGCAACUGUCACAGUCGGAGGAUCACUAUCAUUUUCUCCAGAGCUUCCCAACCUUGUGCUCACCUCAGAACAGGGACUGCGCCAACAUUGGCGUUCACAGUGACCUGUCUUUCGAGGCAGUGAGAGGAGCCUUGACUCUGCUGAAACAGAGAGUUGAUGAAAUAAUGGGAGGGCUUCCCGAGAUCAAUAUGAAAAGAAUGAGAGAACAUGCAGUGGACUUGACUCUUGACCCUGACACAGCACACCGCUCACUUGUCAUAAGUCAAGAUGGAAAACAAGUUACAAAUGAAGGCAGAAAACUGGAACUUCCCAACAAUCCGGAGAGAUUUGAAAUGUUUCCAGAGGUUUUGGCAAAGGAGGGAUUCACAACGGGGAAGUUUUACUUUGAGGUGCAAGUGACAGGAAAGACUAGUUGGACCGUUGGAGUGGUCAGGGAGUCUAUUGAUAGAAAGGGAAGCGCAAACCUGUCCGUCACAGAUGGUUUUUGGACCUUUGGUUUGGAUGGAGGCACAUAUGGAACCUCUAAAAACAUAUCUGAUACCGUCGCACUGAAAGAAAAGCUUCAGAAGGUGGGCAUUUUUGUGGACUAUGAUGAGGGAGUGGUUGCUUUCUAUGAUGUGGACUCCAAAUCACAUGUCUAUUCUUUCACCGGCUGCCAUUUUACAGAGAAACUUUAUCCAUACUUCUGCCCUCAGGUGAGGGAAAAUGGAAGAAACUCUACCCCUCUCAUCAUAACACCUGUACCUCAAACAGACUAGUUUAGGUCUUUUUUUGUUCCUCCUUUAGAGAUCACAGGGGAAUUAAAACUUGGUCUCCAUUACUACACCCAACAUCUUUGCUUUAAGUAUUAUCGGCAACUGCCACAUGUUACAUGAAAUUAACUUGUUUAGUAUGUAAAAAUCUCGACAAAUACAUGCAUAGAUAUUCAAAAUAAGCAUGAUAUUGCAUCAUUAGUGGUAUUUUGUUAAGUUUCCUUUCUCUAUAAUGUACUUUAGAUAGAGAAGAUGUAAAAUAAUAAAAAAUAAAAAAAAUGAUACUAAUGUUGCACAAUAAUAUUGUUUGAUCCUGUUAUAUUACAAUGGAUAACGUUACCAGUUUCAUAAUUGUAAUGUAGUUUUAAUUUUUUAAGCAAGUUUGGCACAUUUCAAAGCACAUUUCAAUUGUUGAAAUAUUUACAAGUAAUUCAAAGUGGCCUAACAUGAAGAGCAGUUGUCCAUUUGCCAAGUGUUGCUUAA